UUGAAGCCCACAACCAGCAGAUCUCUUCCCUGUUUGCUCUUCCGCUUUGCUAGUAGAAGAAAAAGAAAGGAAGAGAAGGAGAAGGAGAAGGAAAAGAUCCAUGAAUUGGAUCAGCCGAAAGCUGCAUCUGUACAAUGUGACGAUGGGCCUCUACAUGCUGGAUCGGUGGGAGCGAUUUCUCUUCAACAUGCUGAUCCUCGUCUUCUUGUGGUUCGUCUGCUACAAUGGCUCUCGAUCUGCAACCGAGUUUUACGAAAGGUGA